GUGGAAUUUUUUGGACAAUAUUACGAUGUCACAAUUAACAUGUUAAGCGGAUAUCAUUUGAGCUUCGGCGCAUCGAUUCUUCAACUGUCCAGUGCGCGUGAGAGAGGUAUUAAUGUGAAUAAAUUACGAUUUCUAUCGAUCUGGUCAAACUUUGAGUCAGUCUAUGGCGGAGAACGUGCGCGUUGUGGUGCGUUGUCGUCCAGCGGGUGCUCGCGAAUGUGGGAAGCGUCUCAUUGUGACAGUAGAGGAGUGCACUGUGGUACUAGAAAAUGCCACGGAUGCGGGGGUACCACAGAAGGUCUUUCGCUUCGACGGUGCGUACGGGCCAGAAAUGGCCACAGAAGUGUUGUAUAAUGAUGUAUGUUUCCCAGUCGUAGAGGGAUGUUUAGAAGGCUUUAAUGGAACUAUUUUCGCAUAUGGACAAACGGGCUGUGGUAAAAGUUUUACUAUGGGCCAUGGGGGUGUCACGACCCGAGCACUUGAGCACCUGUUCGAGGCAACUGCAGCAGCGGACGCGAACACAAAAUAUUUAAUUCUCGUAAGCUAUCUCGAGAUCUAUAAUGAUACCAUAAGAGAUCUGUUGGCUACUGAGCCAUCACCACCUGGUGGCCUGCAGCUUCGCGAGAUGUCAGGAGAAGUAAACGUGCUUGGUCUUUCUCGUCACGCAGUUCGUAGUGCAAUGGAGUGUGAAGAACUUUUACGGCGCGGUGGUACAUCACGUGUUGUGGGUGCAACACUUAUGAAUGCAUCCAGCAGCCGCAGUCAUGCUGUGUUUACUAUUUGCAUUGAACGGUUGAAGGCCGGAAUCGUUCGCGGAAAACUAAACUUAGUGGAUUUGGCCGGUAGUGAACGACAGUCGCGUACUGGAGCUGCUGGUGAGCGUCUUAAAGAAGCAACGAAGAUUAAUUUGAGCCUUGCUGCACUGGGAAAUGUUAUAAGCGCUUUGGCUGCUGACGCAUCAUCUAAACACGUACCGUAUCGAGAUUCUAAACUUACUAGACUACUUCAAGACAGUUUAGGUGGUGGAACGCGCACGCUUAUGAUCGCUUGUAUAGCACCGAGCACCGUGGAUUAUGAAGAGACACUCUCUACACUGCGCUAUGCUAGUCGAGCUAAACGAAUUUCCAAUCGACCACGUCUUAACGAGGACCCAAAGGACACAAUGUUGCGACAAUACCGCGAGGAAAUUGAUAACUUGAAGGCACUGUUGGAACAGGCUGACCCACGACUGGCAGCUGUGCAGGCUGAGAGAGAUGCACUUGCGCGUGAUAUUGAAGCUCUGCGUUCGAAGCCAACUCAGGAAUUAGUGAAAAGUAUUGCUGUUGUGGAGGGGGCGAUAUUAGGUGGAGCUGCAGAUGAAAAUGUACGUGCACGUAGAAGAGAGCGUCAAGCAGCAGCACAGCAACGGCAAGCGGCGCUAGUAGCCGUGCUAGCACGUAUAGAGGAGCGCGAGGCUCGAGAUACUUUACAGGGUCAUUAUACUGACAUCGAGACGGAAUUGCGUGCCACCAAAGAAGCAUUGCGAGUACGAAAAGCGCGAAACAAAGCAUUACAGCGCGAGGUAAAUGAUCUCCAAGCAGAGUUUCAACUGGAUCGUGCUGACUAUUUAGAUACUAUUCGACGUCUAGAACGACAUGUAAAGCUCAAUGACCAACUAUUAACUGAAGCAAUGCCAGUUCUUCAACGUGAUGGCCGUCAAUGGGACGUAGAAGCUAUACGACGCACUGCGACGUGGAGUGAUGAUUCAAACUGCUGGCUUCUUCCAGAAGAACUAUUAGCGCGGCCUAAACUUCCGGAACUGCAACGUUGCUCUUCGGCAGACUCUGUAGAUGCUCCACCAUCACCUGAACGUGAUCCCCUCCGUGCAAAGUUGCAACGUAGUGACGGGGCCAUUAUUGCUGACACCUACUUUCGUUCUCGACGUGCCGUUGAACUUUUGCGACCUCGUGAGGCCUGGCAUGAUCGUCAUCAAACUGUGAAGAGCUUUUUCUAGAAAGAAAAUGUGCAAUAUGCCAAUGGAAUCUGAUUAAUCUGUAAAGAAUAAACUAUGAUUUUUGUAUAUUUAUUUCUACUCUUUCUGGGUAAAAGCAUUCCGAUUUUAAGUACAAUAAAUCGAAAGGAAUGUUUUUCUCAUCAAUUCUAAUAGGAAUUUUUUACUAAAAGUAAUCUAUGUUCUCACUUUGCUUAGUUACAAAGGCAGAAAAUGCAAUCACGAGUUGUAAUUUUAAAUAUCUCAGGUUGCAAUGAAAUGUUUGACACGACUGACUUCAUUUUCUCUUCGUCAAAUCUACAAAUUAUAUCCUGGGAGUUUAACAAUCAUUAACGAUGAUGGAUUUUGAACUGAUUUCAAUUAUUUGGAUCAGUGAUGGGAUUAGGCUGGUCAUAAAAUUUCACCAUAAACUUUCUGCAUUCACUCGAUAACAUUGUUUCGAUUCAGCCUGCAUCACUUCAUUGACUAAAGCCCUGUCAAUAAUUUUCGGCCUUUCACUCGUCAUCGCAAGCAGAAAAACGAUUUGUUUUACGGAUGAUUUAUCCGUUCUGUAUUGUGUUUUGCUCGAACUCCUUGUAGCAUGUUCGCAUAAAUCCUGCUAAUGUCAGCAUAAUCAUGUUUUUUUUAUUUACAGUUUGAUAUCGCGAUAAUACAAGCCAAUCAGCAUAAAAAGGAGACAAUACAAUCAAUAAAUACACAUGCAUCUGUUCAGUCCGAAUUGACAUCCAGAACGGCAACAUAGCAUUAGGGCAAGCACAGGAAUGUAAUGAAAUUAUUAUGAUAUCAUAAGGUAAAAAGGGCCUAAGAAAAGAAACGUCACCCACCAAAGAUCUUCGCACCUCAGCACUCAGGAAAUAAGGAAAACUACACAUAUAUACCUGUCUAUAUAUCUUGGCAUUUAUUUAUUGUAGUGUAACUAACAUAACGCUAUCACAAAAUAUGUAUAAUAUGUUCAAUAAAGGAGUAAGAAAAAAUACUACUAAUUUAUUGUCAGAAAUAUAGAUCAGUAAGAAACUGUUAAUCAACUUCUAAACAUAAAUUUCACUGUAUAAUAUUUGGACUUCAUUUCAACAAUUUAGUUAUUAUACUUUUAUUGCAAAUGAAA